CUCCGCACUAUUGGCCGGCGGCCGUUCUGCCGGUGCGGUGUCUCCCCCUGGCGGCGGCGGCGCGGCGGGCGCGGGUCCGGCAUGAGCGAGGCGCGGCUGAGGGCCGGGCGCGGCCCCGGCGGGGCCCGGGACCCCCAGGACAAGGAGUCAGAGUCUGAGAGCAGGCUGGAUGGAGAGACAGCGUCAGACAGCGAGAGCAAGUCUGAGUUCGGGGGGUCCUCCCCAGUGCCAACCUCAGAUGACACCCCAGAGGUGCUGAACAGGGCCCUCUCCAACCUGUCCUCGAGAUGGAAGAACUGGUGGGUGAGAGGCAUCCUCACGCUGGCAAUGAUCACCUUCUUCUUCAUCAUCAUCUACCUGGGCCCCAUGGUCUUGAUGACAAUAGUGAUGUGUGUGCAGAUCAAAUGUUUCCACGAGAUCAUCACCAUCGGCUACAACGUGUACCACUCCUACGACCUGCCCUGGUUCAGGACACUCAGCUGGUAUUUCCUGCUGUGUGUGAAUUAUUUCUUCUACGGGGAGACAGUGACAGAUUAUUUCUUCACGCUGGUGCAGAGGGAGGAGCCGCUGCGGAUCCUCAGCAAAUACCAUCGCUUCAUCUCCUUCGCCCUCUACCUGACAGGGUUCUGCAUGUUUGUGCUGAGCCUGGUGAAGAAGCACUACCGCCUGCAGUUCUACAUGGUGAGCUGAGCCCGG